CUCCAGUCUGGGAGAAUGAAACAGUUGGGAACAUGAGCAGCCGCAUGUGAAAUUGACGCUCUCUGCGAAUGAUCAAGACUCAGGCCCUGGCAGGACCGUGAACGUUUGGCCAGCUUGAUUCGGCCACCUGGCAAAAGCAAUGGUGAUGAGGGCCUUUGUCCUGUUGGCUGUCUUCGCAGAAGCCUCUGCAAGAUCUUGCACUCCAAAUAAAGCAGAUGUCAUUCUCGUGUUUUGCUAUCCCAAAACAAUCAUCACCAAAAUCCCCGAGUGCCCCUAUGGAUGGGAAGUGCACCAGCUGGCGCUCGGUGGGCUGUGUUACAACGGGGUCCAUGAAGCAGGUUACUACCAAUUUGUAAUCCCAGACUUGUCACCUAAAAACAAGUCCUAUUGUGGAACCCAGUCUGAGUACAAGCCCCCCAUCUACCACUUCUACAGUCACAUCGUUUCCAAUGACAGCACCGUGAUCGUCAAGAACCAGCCCGUGAACUACUCCUUUUCCUGCACCUACCACUCCACCUACCUGGUGAACCAGGCGGCCUUUGACCAGAGAGUGGCCACUGUUCAUGUGAAGAACGGGAGCAUGGGCACAUUUGAAAGCCAAUUGUCUCUCAACUUCUAUACUAACGCCAAGUUCUCCACUAAGAAAGAAGCGCCUUUUAUCCUGGAGACAUCCGAAAUCGGUUCAGAUCUGUUUGCAGGAGUAGAAGCCAAAGGCUUAAGCAUUAGGUUUAAAGUGGUUUUGAACAGCUGUUGGGCCACACCCUCGGCUGAUUUCAUGUAUCCUUUGCAGUGGCAGCUGAUCAACAAGGGAUGUGCUCUAUCACCUCAUCGUGAUGCUGGGGGUUUGCGCUGCAUUAUAAGGAGAGCUGGGCAGGCAGCUGCAGCUCCUCCACGAAGACCAUCUCCUCUGUCAAGGACAAACCCACAUUUAUUGCACUGCCAAAAAGAACAAACAGAAGACCAUAUCGUUGGGGAGCAGAGAAUAGCGCUUUGCCAAAUAUGUGUUCCGGUGAUCUUUGUGAAUUUUACUGAUUGUUUUUUCUUUGGUGCCCCACUUCCUCCUAUGACUUCCUGUGGCUCUUAAGUUCUGCCGUCUCUCCCCUGCAGCUGGCGGGGGAGUCUCCUUUCCCCAGAUUCAAGUCGGGGCUGCAGUGGACUCCUUUGAAAGUUAUUCUAAUUUUAAGAGAGUAGCAACCAAGCACAGCUGAACAUUUUGAGGAGACAGUAGAGAAUAAGCACAAAGUCAGCACUGGGGACAGAACACACAGGAACAGCCAACUCUGCCGAAGGGGCCUUUGUCAUCGAGGCCGUGCCAUUCCUAUCUGAGGACCAGGGUUGAGCCACGAGGCAGGGGUUCUAAUCUUUCAAGUGAUGAGGUGGAAAUCAGAGCAGAAAUGUUUAUUUUGCUCCAAACUGAACAGUAUGAAAGAAAAUGAUUCUUGAGAAAUCCCCAUGAGUGCUAACCUAAUUUUUUUUUACUGUAAAGUUUUAAAAUAUGUAUAAACAUUAUGUAAGUAGACACUCACUAUGUUUGUAGCUGAUAUAGAUUCUAAGAUGAGAAGAAAAUGACAAAUUGAAUAGGACUCAAGCUGCAAAAAGAAUAAAACGUUAGCAUUAAUUUCACGUGAUAAUACAGCGUUGCCUGAACAAAACUGCUGCUUGCAACAUGCCUCAGAGGGACUACUGUGACAGGUUCUCUGUAGCUUGGCAAUCCCAUCCUACUAUGCCUUGUGAUGCCCAAGACUCUCACUAUUUUUAUUCACUCUGCUGAAUCAAGAAAUCUUGAUUCAGAGAAUGGUCUGACCUCAUUUAGCCUUGACUGUGACAUUCAAGCCCAUAUCUGUUUUAAUCUCACUAACCUGUGAUCGUUCAAAUAGAAGCAACAAAACAUCGGAAACAUAAAUGCAAAUAAAAUGAAAACAAAUGGCCAGUGAAACCACAUGGUGUCUGAUGCUGAGAGCACUGCCACUCCAGUGACCCAGAAAACAUUGAGAGGAAUGAUUUAUACGGUCAAACAAAGAAAAACUCAAAGAAGUUGUCAUGGUAGAGAAUCGGCAGAUCCCAGAAAAUAUAUUGAGGACCCCAAUUUGAGGCUAGCAGCUGUGAUGUCACUGGAAAAGCCUGAGCUUUAAAUUCUGUUCUUCGUCUUGUAUAGAUUUGGGCUUAUCAUUGGAAAACAUGUCAGCUUGUAUCUCUGCAUUUAAUGUAUUUGAGAAGUUUUAAGAUCUAUAGUUUGCUGGUUCUUUUAAAUGGUGUUAAUGAACUCAGAAAUUAAGCUAAUUCUAAAAUCUCUGGAGACAUGGAGUGUGUGUUUAGCAAUAGGUUACAUUAAAAUAAGUUGAUGUAGUCGAAACUGGUCUCAAAGCUGGUACUCCAACCAUUUGGGAUCUCUUCUUCCUAUAAAUUCAGAAUUUUUGUAGCUAGGCUUUACUUCAAAAGGACAGAAGAUAUAUUUUAUCGGUUUUAGUCAAAAACUCUUUAAUAGCAUACUCACAGCCAUAAUCACAAAUCCUUGGCUGUCAGAGUAAAACAAUGUUGUGGUAGUUUAGCUUUGUUUUAUCAUAAUGUUUAAUGAUCUUGUAUCUCUUUGUGGUGCUACAGAAUAAAUAAAAUGUCUUAAAGUAAAUAA